GACUCAGACUUGAGAUCUGAUCACCUGCUGAAGCUCACACAAACAGAACAAGAAAGAUGAAAUCUGCUGCUGCUUUCGCUGUGGUCAUGUGUGUACUUAUUGUGCACGUACAAGGACAGGCCAGAACCAGUACUCAGAGAUGUCUGUGCCAGGGUUCAGGGUUGAACCACAUUCGACUGCAAAACGUCGACAAGAUUGAAGUUUAUCCAGCAAGUGCGUCCUGUAAAAAAGUGGAAAUCAUUGUCACUCUGAAGAACAGCACCGGGCAGAAAUGUUUAAACCCUGAAACUAAAAUGGCUCAGAACCUCAUCAAGAGAAGCAUUGAGAAGAGGAGUGCACAGUGAACUACAGAAGAUGAAUUUGAUCCAUUUCUACACUGAGACGUCGUCCUUUACUAUCGAAAAUCAUUUCUACUGUUCUAAUGUAAAAGCAUUAAAAUUAUAGUACAUCUGCUGUUUAACCUGCUGUUAUUUAUACUGUACAAGUUUCAUGGACAUGUGUUUGUUUUAUACAUGAUUUAUGUACAUAUUGUGUAUAUUGUUCUGUUUUAUAUUUCUAACUUUUAAUAAACCGAGCACAGAAAGCUUAAAAAUGA